CGUCGAUCAGGUAAUUUUCUCGUUUUUCUUUCCCUGCCGCUUACCCUUUGUUGUUUGUUCUCCCAAUCACUGAGGAAAACUAAAGGAAAUUAAAAUGACGAUUGUUCUUCAAUGAUAUUUGAGUUCUUAACAACAAAAAGCUCACUAUAUUACAUCCAGGGUUUAGAGUCAUGGUGGGCUGGCAUAGACAUUUGCAAUCCUUACUUCGCCAGGUUGGAAAAAGGCUGGAGCAUAAUUACAUUGCUUCUGCAAAAUUUUCUUCUUCUUCCUGUGUGGAGUCUGCUUUUUUACAAGGAAAAUUACCAUAUCUACAGAGAUUAUGGAAAUCACCUUCUGCCAACAUCUCAAGGCCUUUCUAUCAGUAUUUGCAACAGUCGGGCAUCUCCAGUUCAAGGAAAUUACUAGCAGGUUCUUCAGAGGAAACACCAGUUCAUUCUCCAUUGACUCCUGCAUUAACUCCAUUAAGCAGUGGAACAACUAAAGAACAGAGGGCUGUAACUAAACCAUCAACGGUUCAAGCAGUGCUUAAGGGCAUAAAACAGAGUCCUAAGAAGCUCAACUUGGUUGCUGCACUAGUUCGUGGUAUGCGGGUUGAAGAUGCAUUGUUGCAGUUGCAACUUACAAUAAAGCGAGCUUCAAAAACUGUAUACCAGGUUAUUCAUUCAGCUCGAGCAAAUGCAACUCAUAAUCAUGGGUUGGAUCCAGAUCGUCUUCUUGUUGCUGAGGCCUUUGUUGGAAAGGGAUUUUUUAAGAAGAGGACUUCUUACCAUGCAAAGGGGAGAGCUGGAAUUAAAGUGAGACCAGAGUGUCGACUGACUGUAGUAGUGAGAGAGACAACCCCUGAAGAGGAGGCUAAGAUUGCCAGGCUAAGAGUGCACAAUUUCCGCAAGCUCAGUAAGCGGGAAAGGCAGCUUGUGCCACACAAGCUUAUUGAGACCACUCCAAUUUGGAACCGCAAAGGCAAAGCUGCUGGUCGUGAACCAAGUGCUGUGGCUGCCUGAAAACUCCAAGUGGCAACAGAAAGUUUUGUAGAAAUUCUGAAAACUCCAUUUCAUGCCUUUUUAGCAACUUAAUAGAGAAAGUCUUGUAGAAUUGCAUAUGAUGCCAGUUUGCUAGAAAGCAAGGAAUAUUGUUUUCAUCUCAGAUAAUGGCUACAUGCAUUCUCAGAUUCUUUCUUCAGUGUCCAUUUUUUAUUUUCUA